CUGUUUGUGCUGCGGCUCUGGGGCCCGGGACGGCCCCGCCAUCCCACUCCCGGGAGCCCAGAGCCGCCCCCGGAGAGUCGAGGCCCCGGCGGGCCCUGGAGACUGUGGUCCCGGCUCUACAGUGCCCCCUCCAGGCCCCGUCCGCGCGCCCGACAGCGCCCCCGGGGGUGGCACGGCCGCCCUUCGCGCGCGCCCCGGGGUGCUUGCUUCCCCUCUCCCCAGCCAUGGCCCCUGCGGCUUAGACGCCGCCGCCUCCGCUGCCGCCGCUCAGAGCCACAAGGGGGCCAGAUGGACGGGGCCCCGGGGCCCGGUGAGGGUCCUGCUCAGGAGGCCCUGCAGUCCCUGAGCCAGAGGCUCAGGGUGCAAGAAGAGGAGAUGGAGCUGGUAAAGGCAGCCCUGGCAGAAGCCCUUCGAGUCCUGCGGCUGCAUUGCCCCCCUACCUCCUUGCAGAGCUCUGGUAUACCAGCUUCUACAAGGAACAGCAGCCUUACAGCCCCUCCAGGACUGCCACCUACCUGCAGCCCUUCUCUGGUGAGCCGAGGCACCCAGACAGAGGAAGAGUUAGAGACAAAGCCAUCCUCUGAACCCCCUGGCCUGAGCAAUGGGCCUUCAGCCCCUCAGGGGGCCAGCGAAGAGCCCAGUGGGACCCAGUCUGAAGGAGGGGGCAGCAGCAGCAGUGGGGCAGGCUCGCCUGGCCCUCCAGGGAUCCUCAGGCCUGUGCAGCCCCUUCAACAUGCUGACACGCCACGAAGAAAUUCCUCCUCCUCCUCUCUCUCAGAGCGGCCCCGGCAGAAACUCUCCAGGAAGGCAGCUUCCUCAGCCAACCUGCUGUUGCGGUCAGGGAGCACAGAGAGCCGUGGGAGCAAAGACCCCCUCUCCAGCCCUGGGGGUCCUGGAUCUCGGAGGAGCAAUUAUAACUUGGAAGGCAUCUCAGUGAAGAUGUUCCUUCGUGGCCGCCCCAUUACCAUGUACAUCCCAUCCGGCAUCCGAAGCCUUGAGGAGCUGCCCAGUGGCCCACCCCCGGAAACUCUCAGCCUUGACUGGGUUUAUGGGUACAGGGGUCGUGACUCUCGCUCUAAUCUGUUUGUGCUGCGUUCUGGAGAGGUGGUCUACUUUAUCGCCUGUGUGGUGGUACUGUACCGGCCUGGGGGAGGCCCGGGGGGUCCUGGAGGUGGUGGCCAGCGACAUUACCGGGGACACACAGACUGCGUUCGAUGCAAGGAGGAGCUGUCUUGGACGGUCUUAAGAGACACUCCCCCCCCCCAACUUAGCCUCGCUGUUCACCCUGAUGGUGUUCGUGUAGCCUCAGGACAGACAGCUGGAGUGGACAAGGAUGGAAAGCCCCUGCAGCCUGUGGUUCACAUCUGGGACUCAGAGUCACUCCUGAAGCUACAGGAAAUUGGACUGGGGGCCUUUGAGCGUGGAGUUGGGGCUCUGGCGUUUUCAUCAGUGGAUCAAGGUGCUUUUCUUUGUGUGGUGGAUGAUUCCAAUGAACACAUGCUGUCAGUGUGGGACUGUAGCCGGGGAACGAAGCUGGCUGAGAUCAAGAGUACGAAUGACUCAGUCCUGGCUGUUGGCUUCAGUCCUCGUGACAGCAGCUGUAUUGUCACCAGCGGAAAAUCUCAUGUCCACUUUUGGAACUGGAGUGGUGGAGCAGGGGUUCCAGGGAAUGGGACCCUCGCCCGGAAACAGGGUGUUUUUGGGAAAUACAAGAAACCCAAGUUCAUCCCUUGCUUUGUGUUCCUCCCGGAUGGAAACAUUCUCACUGGAGACUCCGAGGGGAACAUUCUCACCUGGAGGCGGAGUGUCUCCGAUUCUAAGACCCCAGGCAGGGGUGGGGCCAAAGAGACCUACACAAUUGUGGCCCAGGCACAUGCUCACGAAGGUUCCAUCUUUGCCCUGUGUCUCCGGAGGGACGGGACAGUGCUGAGUGGUGGUGGGCGAGACCGCCGGCUGGUACAGUGGGGGCCUGGGUUGGUGGCCCUCCAGGAGGCUGAGAUUCCAGAACACUUUGGGGCUGUGAGGGCCAUUGCUGAAGGGCUUGGUUCUGAGCUGCUGGUGGGCACCACAAAGAAUGCAUUGCUGAGGGGAGAUUUGGCUCAGGGUUUCUCCCCUGUUAUCCAGGGCCACACUGAUGAGCUCUGGGGACUGUGUACACAUCCCUCUCAGAACCGCUUCCUCACCUGUGGCCACGACCGGCAGCUCUGCUUGUGGGAUGGGGAGGGCCAUGCGUUGGCCUGGAGCAUUGACCUAAAGGAGACUGGUGUCUGUGCUGACUUCCACCCAAGUGGGGCAGUUGUGGUUGUAGGACUGAACACUGGGAGGUGGUUGGUUUUGGACACAGAGACCAGAGAGAUUGUAUCUGAUGUCACUGAUGGCAAUGAACAGCUCUCAGUUGUCCGGUACAGCCCAGAUGGAUUGUACCUGGCCAUUGGUUCCCAUGACAACGUGAUCUAUAUCUACAGCGUUUCCAGCUGUGGUACCAAGUCCAGUCGCUUUGGCCGAUGUAUGGGUCACUCAAGUUUCAUCACUCACCUUGACUGGUCCAAGGAUGGGAAUUUCAUCAUGUCCAAUUCUGGAGACUAUGAGAUUCUUUACUGGGACGUGGCUGGAGGCUGCAAACUACUAAGGAAUCGCUAUGAGAGCCGAGACAGGGAAUGGGCUACCUACACCUGUGUGCUGGGCUUCCAUGUCUACGGUGUUUGGCCGGAUGGCUCCGAUGGGACGGACAUCAACUCUCUGUGCCGCUCUCACAAUGAACGAGUGGUGGCCGUGGCGGACGACUUCUGCAAAGUGCACCUCUUUCAGUACCCGUGCGCACGCGCCAAGGCGCCGAGUCGUAUGUACGCGGGCCACGGGAGCCACGUGACCAGCGUCCGGUUCUCGCACGACGACUCGUACCUAGUCUCGCUGGGUGGCAAGGAUGCCAGCAUCUUCCAGUGGCGAGUGCUCAGCGCUGGGGGCGCCGGACCGGCUCCGGCCACGCCCUCUCGAACUCCCUCUCUGUCCCCGGCCUCCUCCCUGGACGUCUGAUCGCAGCUGGACAGGACACACUCGUCCUGCAGCCUGGUACGGCUCUGGCCGCUUCGGCCGAAACCCCGGGACCAAGGGCAGCCCUCUCCUUGGCUGACUUUUUGACUUCGGUACAUUCCCAACCGCGCUCUUGCACAUCCGUUAAGACCUGCCGGGCAGCCCCAGCCCGGGUUCUGACUCCCGCUGCCUGCUGAGGGGCAAUAAAAGAAAACAAAGUCGCCUCCCGGUGCUUUUGUGGGACGCGGCGGGCGCCCGAGGGGCCCAGUGGGGUGAGGAUGAAAGAAAAAGUACAGGGCGGGAUCCUAGACCAAACAUGCAAAUGACAGGCAAAGCCGCUAGCAAAUAACCCACUGGCGCAGCGGCGGAGAUCCCGAGUGCAGAGAGUUAAAUCCAGCUCCUCCGCCCGCCCUCGGGGGCGGGGCCGGGCCGCAACGGAAAUAACCGAGCGCGGGGCCGCGGCUGAGCGAAGGGAGCCGAGUUCCUUCCGGAAGUGGCCGAUCGGUGAGGUCUUGCUCCCCGACCUGAGCCGAACGCCGGGCCUUGUUCUCCGGAUCGGCCGAAGGUGUUCCGGAAGGAGGCGAACCCCGGCGCGGGCACGGUAAAUCUUUCCCCGGGCUGGCGGAGCACCACGUCUGCUGGGACGCGGAGAGGACGCGAGCAGCCGGAACCUGACUCCGGUCCGGCAGAAAGCGAGCUCAUUCCGGAAGACGCCAAGCAGACCAGGUGCCGGCCUCCGCGUCCCGGGCGUGAGGCUGUAGCGGC